AUGCAGAGAGCCUUCUGGGCACCUACAAGUCGAAAUAUUCCAAACGCCAAUCGCUUGAAAUCUGACUUUGAAAAAAAUGAAGGAGAGAAUUAUUCAAAUCGCUUUUUGCGCUGCAAUUUUGCUGAUUUUUGCAUCGCAACUUCUGCUCUUGUUCUUGCGAGAAAAUCGGACAACGCGGAUUCUUCCCCUUCUCCGCCAGAAAGUCCAAUCCUCCCCGCCGUAAUCACAACUUGGGGUUACGUCACCGCAACUAGCGAAGCUUUCGAAGUCAUGCGCGUUGGCGGAUCGGCGGUAGACGCCAUUACCACUGGCACGGCAAGUUGUGAGCGCGACAGAUGUCGAGGAACAGUCGGUUGUGGCGGGAGCCCUGAUGAAAAUGGCGAGACAACCCUCGAUGCGAUGAUAAUGGACGGAGAAACGCACAAUGUGGGCGCAGUUGGAGGACUGAGAAGAUGCAAAAACGCUGCUCAAGUCGCGAGAUAUGUUUUUGACAACACUGAUCACACCUUGCUCGUUGGAGAUCAAGCAUCAAACUUUGCAUUCAACUUCGGCUGCGUCGAAGAAUCCCUGACAUCCAACGACUCUGCCGCUGAUCAUCAAACGUGGCUUCAGGGCAACUGCCAGCCGAAUUACUGGAAUAACGUGACACCUAAUCCUGCUUAUUCUUGUGGCCCUUAUCAAUUAGCAACGAUGAGAACAGAGAUGAAUGAAGAACGAGUCAAAGCUUUGAGAGCUGAAAUCAACGAGGACAAUCACGAUACGAUCGGAAUGGUCGCUCUUGAUUUGAAUGGAAAACUAGCUGCAGGAACAUCGACAAACGGAAAACGUCGAAAAAUUGCCGGCCGAGUUGGCGAUUCACCGAUUCCAGGCUCUGGCAGUUACGCUGGCCCAGCUGGUGGUGCUGCGGCAACUGGCGAUGGAGACAUAAUGAUGCGAUUCGUGCCUUCCUAUCAGGCUCAUGAGAACAUGAGACUAGGAAUGACCCCUGGUGAAGCGACGAAAGAUGCGAUGCAAAGAAUUAUCGAUGUCUUUCCGAAUUUUAAAGGCGCUCUAAUAGCAAUGAAUAAAUACGGUGAAUACGGAGCCAACUGCCAUGGUGACUACGAAAAUGGAUACUUUCCGUUCAUGAUUCAACGAAACGACGAUAAAGACCCGAUUCAAAUCCAGAUUGCUUGUUCAUUGUAA